AUGAUUGGAUGGAGUGAGAUAAUAUCCUUCAGGGAUGCGACAGUAGGAGGGAUUAUCUUAUCUGAGAUUCUACUGGGAACACUGGGAAAUUUCUCUCUUCUUUACCACUACCUGCUCUGUUACCACACUGAAGGCAUAGUCAGGCCCACAGACUUCAUUCUAAUGCAUCUGACUGUGUCCAACUUUUUGCUCAUUCUCUCCCAAGGGCUCCCUCAAACAAUGGCAACUUUGGGAAGAAAACAUUUCCUCAAUAAUUUAGGCUGUGACCUUGUUUUGUACAUUCAGAGAGUGGGCAAAGGUGUGUCCAUUGGCACCACCUGCCUCUUGAGUGUCUUCCAGGCUAUUAUGCUCAGCCCUAUGGACUCCUGCUGGAAGGAUCUGAAAGUCAAAGCUCCAAAGUAUGUCACUCUCUCUGUUUGUCUUUGUUGGAUCCUGUGCAUGUUUGUGAAUCUGUUUUUUCCUCUGCACAUAUUGAAUGUAUCUCGCAACUGGAACAUGGAAAACAUCACACAGAAACAAGAUUUGGGAUAUUGUUAUACUACCAUCAUUGAGAAAGUCUCUGGUGCUGUCUAUUCAGCUGUAAUUGUAUUUCCUGAAAUUUCCAUUUCUGUGCUCCUAGUCUGGGCCAGUGGUUCCAUGAUUCUCUUUCUGUACAGGCAUAAGAAAAGAGUCCAGCACAUUCACAGCAACAAUGUUUGCCCCAGAUCUUCAGCUGAAACUAGAGCCACCCAAAGAAUCCUUGUUCUGGUGAGCACCUUUGUGUGUUUUCACACAUUCUCCUCUCUUCUUCAAAUGUGUAUGUCUCUACUCAAUGAAGAAAAUGGAUGGUUACUUGAAACUGCAGGUAUCAUUUCUCUAUGUUUUCCUACUGUGAGCCCCUUUUUGAAGACAGAGAUCCUGCAGAGGUACCCUUAG